AGCAGUAGUAUAGCACAACAAUGGCGGGAGCAGAAUCUCCUAACCGGAGCCCUGAAAUCCGAAAGGACGGAAUCAACAACCGGUGGGUGAUAUUCUCGCCGGCGAGGUCUCGACGUCCGUCGGACUUCAAGUCCAAAUCGAACCCUAAUCCUAAUAACCAAUCGGAGUGCCCGUUCUGCAAGGGCCACGAGCACGAGUGCGCGCCCGAGAUAUUCCGCAUCCCAGCUGAUUCUACCUCAGAUUGGAGAAUCAGAGUCAUCCAGAACCUCUACCCGGCUCUCAACAGAGACCUGCAUUUCCGGAAUCAUGAAGAUUCCUCAUCGCAUGGCGACGUGUCAGUCAGUGGGUUCGGGUUCCAUGAUGUGGUGAUCGAAUCUCCGGUUCACUCGGUUCAUCUCAUCGAUCUUUCGCCGGCGGAGGUCGGGGAUGUUUUACUGGCUUUCAAGGCUAGGAUCGAUCAACUUCGCAUGAAUGAUUCCAUCAAAUAUGUUCAGGUAUUUAAAAAUCAUGGAGCCUCAGCCGGAGCAUCCAUGAGUCAUUCUCACAGCCAGAUGAUUGCUCUUCCUAUCGUUCCUCCUACAGUUUCUGCUCGUCUCAACAGUAUGAAGGAAUAUUAUGAGCAGACAGGGAACUGUUCCCUCUGUGAUACUCGCGUGGAUGACCUUAUAAUUAAUGAAUCGACUCAUUUCAAAUCGGUGGUUCCAUUUGCUGCUACUUUCCCCUUUGAAAUAUGGAUAAUCCCUCGGGAUCACUCAACUUAUUUUCACGACCUAGAUAGCGAGAAGGCAGUUGAUCUUGGAGGGCUAUUGAAAUUUAUGCUCUUGAAGAUGUCCUCACAGCUCAACAAUCCACCAUUCAACUUCAUGAUUCACACCUCUCCAUUCCAGGUUGAUCCUUCAUACCUACCUUGCUGCCACUGGUUUCUCCAAAUCGUACCCCAGCUAUCCGGGGUGGGAGGUUUCGAGUUAGGAACAGGAUGUUAUAUAAAUCCCGUUUUCCCGGAAGAUGCAGCCAAAAUUUUGCGGGAAGUUAAAGUGCCAGACCAGAAAUGAAUCGUUGGCACGCACCAUUGUUGUUGUAUAACACUCAUGGAAGAGAGCACUAACUAUAUUCGUGAAAGGAAAGCCAGCAGAUCAGGCAUGGAAGUGUGUUAGUACUGAAUAUGCUUCCUCGUAUGCAUAUAUAUAAAUUACUUUUAUGUUUGAUCUUCAAAUUAGAUCUGAUAUUAAUAAUUAUGGAAUUUCUACAGCUUUGCACUUUUUUUUUUUCUUUUUUA